AUGAAGAACUCAGAAGCCCAACAGGAUGUUUCAGUUUCCCAGGGAGUUCGCAUGAUGUUUUACAUGAUGAAGCCCAAUGAAACUUCAUUCCAAACCCUAGAAGAGGUGCCUGAUGAUGUAAAACAGGCAACUCCAUUUUUCAUUUCCUUGAUGUUGCUUGAACUGGUUGUCAGCUGGAUUCGCAAAGGGAAGCCACCAGGUCGUUUGGAUGAUGCUUUAACAUCAAUAUCAGCUGGUGUUCUGUCUCGGCUUCCAAGUCUGUUUUUCAGGAGCAUUGAACUGACCAGUUACAUUUAUAUCUGGGAGAACUACAGGCUCUUCAGUCUGCCUUGGAAUUCUCCAUGGACUUGGUAUUUAACCUUCCUAGGAGUUGACUUUGGUUACUACUGGUUCCAUCGCAUGGCCCAUGAGGUUAAUAUUAUGUGGGCUGGCCACCAAACACACCAUAGUUCUGAAGACUAUAACUUAUCCACAGCACUGAGACAAUCUGUCUUCCAGAUAUAUACUUCUUGGAUUUUCUACUCUCCCCUGGCCCUCGUAAUACCACCCUCAGUAUAUGCUGUUCAUCUUCAGUUCAAUCUUCUCUAUCAAUUUUGGAUACAUACAGAGGUCAUCAAUAACCUUGGCCCUUUGGAACUGAUUCUUAAUACUCCAAGCCAUCAUAGAGUUCAUCAUGGCAGAAACCGUUAUUGCAUAGAUAAAAAUUAUGGUGGCUUUCUUAUUAUUUGGGAUAAAAUUUUUGGGACAUUUGAAGCAGAGAAUGAAAAAGUUGUGUAUGGUCUAACACAUCCCAUUAAUACAUUUGAACCAAUCAAGGUACAGUUCCACCAUUUGUUUUCCAUAUGGGCUACAUUCUGGGCCACACCUGGAUUCUUCAAUAAGUUUUCUGUCAUAUUUAAAGGACCAGGAUGGAGUCCAGGUAAACCAAGACUUGGACUAAGUGAAGAAAUUCCAGAGGUCACUGGGAAAGAAGUUCCCUUCUCAUCCUCUGCAUCUCAACUGCUAAAGACAUAUUCAGUUGUACAGUUUGCACUGAUGCUAGCAUUUUAUGAAGACACCUUUGCAGAUUCAGCUGUACUAUCGCACGUAACUCUCCUUCUGAGGGUGUGCUUCAUUAUCCUGACCUUGACCUCAAUUGGAUUUCUUCUGGAUCAAAGGCAAGAAGCAGCUAUUGUGGAAACUAUUCGUUGCUUAAUGUUCCUAAUACUAUAUAGAUUUGGUCACCUGAAACCUCUCGUCCCUUCUUUAUCGUUUACUUUUGAGAUUUUUUUUUCCAUUUGCAUUGCUUUCUGGGGAGCAAGAAGUAUGAAACAGCUUGUCUCCAGUCCUUGGAAAUAA